AUGCAAAACCCUAAUGUGAGGGAUGCAGCUGCUGCUAUCUCUACAAGGAUUCCCCCUGUUCCCGAUCUCAACAUUCAUCCUCUUGAUCUUAACACGCUACCACGGACAGAGGAGGAAUUGGAGGAGGAGGAAGACAGAGAUCAUAUGGCAACCCAUGAGUCAGAAAUACAAAACCCUCAUCCUCAUGUGGGUGAACCUGAUAUAUGUGUCAUAUGCCAGGAUGAAUAUGCAGAGGAACUAGUUGGAGGCCUUCGAUGUGGACAUGAAUAUCAUAUGAAAUGUAUAAAGAAAUGGUUGAGGAGGAUCACCAAAUGUCCAAUUUGCAGAGACACCACUAUUUUUGUUGAACCUGUUUUUUUCAAUAAACAAGCAUGUAUGCCUUAA